UCUGUCCUUCCGUCUCGAUCACCUCGUCCGGACUAUUCGUACGCCCCACGGAGCAUUCCCGCUUAUGCCGUCUACGGGAAUGUAAACCCAGGACCUGACACGAAUCGCUCCCUUGCUGGCUGGCCUACAGCAAACCCACAGUUGCAGAAGACUCCCACUCCUUUCGGCCAAUACCCGUCGCAACAGCAGCCCUUUAUUGCUGUUGACCCGUUCAACCAGGGGAAAGCUUCUCGGUUUCGUCCUUGGCGCAAGGACAACGCACCUCAAGAUGUUACCCAGGCUUUAUCCCCGCACACAUACGGGCCAUCACAGUUUCCACCUCAACACCCCAGCGUUAUCCAGCCCAUCUAUGCCCCACAACCACGACCUCAGUUUGUUGGAGCGACUGGGCCAAAUCAGGAGCCUGUCGUGAUUUUACCUCCGUGGUCACGCUCCCGAUCUCAUCGGGCUCGAAAUUCGCGUGAGCGUGGACGUCGUUCACGCUUUUCACGUUCCCCCUUGAGCUCGCGAGCUUACUCUCGCAAUCGCUCGUCACGUUCCCGGUCACGGUCUCGCUCUCCCCGGAUACCCAUUGUGGAUCCAGUCGUUGUCGUUCCACCUCCUCAAACUAUACGUUCACGUUCCAGGUCACCUUCUUAUCAGGGGCGAGGGCGUGGUCGUUCUCCUACUCCAAGGCCAAGUACGCGGUCCCGGUCGAAAUCAUACUCUCCAAACCCGCCUUCUUCUGCAUCCAUUCCAAUUCCAACGGGGGUACGGUCCCGGUUCCACUCUUUGCAAAGUCGUAGUCGAUCUCGUUCCCCUCAAAGACAUGAUAUCUCCCAAAGCUCUGCACACACUCCACCACCCAUCGCAAGUCCCGAGUCGCUUUCAUAUCAUUCCAGUGUUCGAAGAUCUAGUCACUCUCGACGCUCCAGGGAACAAACAUCGGCGGAAAUGGCUGCUUCAGAAGGACUACCAGCCAGAUCGCCACUCACUAGUAGUCCACAUCGUUCGCAAAUUUCAAUGGCAAUGCCUCUUCAAGGCAUCACCCCCGGUCCCAUCAUAGAGAUCAGGCGAUCUUCAAGCACAUCAACUUACUCUAACUCCCUUCCACACCCCGUGACCACUGGUCGUAAAAGCACCUACAACAGUAUGCUCAACACAAUCACAACAUUUGCACUGUUCUUCAUAUUUGUCAUCAUCGACGAAAUCCCUCGACAAACAUAUUCCUAUUUCCUCCUCCGUAUUCCAACCCUCUAUCUCUCUCGAGUGACACGAAUCUUCGAGGAGGCUCGUCUUAGUUUGCCUGAUAUCAAGCGUAUGGCCAGGACUCAGGCAGAAAAAUGGGACGAAAAGAAUCCGACCCCGUUGCUGCUUAUACAUCAAGACUACGCAGUCCUGCCACGCAGUCUCCUCCACUUCAAAUCAUCUUGGGAUAGCUUCAUCGACUCGUUGAUGCGUGAAUGGAAAACACUCAACGUGAUUAGCGUCCUCCUUAUGUCUGCUAUCCUCACUCUUCUCCAAAUUGACGCUGCGUCACACCCAAUAACUCGCACAACGGCACUCUUCUCGCUCAUCUGUUCGUUAAUGAGUCUUCUCUAUGGAUGCAUCUACAUCAUCCGGUUCGGUUCAAUGCGCAAGAUCCAUAAAGCUGUAAGCUUUGGCAACGACGCUCAACAGAAUGUGGGUUUCCUGUGGAAUGUGUGGAUCAUGCUCGCCAUGCCGGCUAUCUGGCUAGCCUGGUCAAUCAUCACCUUCUUCGCCUCAAUUAUGUCUUUUGUCUGGCUUACAGGAUCGUCACAUGAUCCCAUCGAUGUUGUCCUUUCCGUUCGGGCCGCGCUAGGUCUCCGAAUCGCGCUCAGCGUCGUUUUUGGGUUGGGUUUGUUGUACUUCGCCCUGAUUGUAAAGGAAUUCCAUCGAUACGGAGACCCACUAGACGCGGCUUGGCAACGGGCUGUUCAAGAGUGGGCAAGAGAAUAUGAGUAUCCUACUAGGCCACCGUUUGUGACACUCUCGCAGCCAUAUGGCAGGUAUAAGCCGCCACUUCGACCUAAUUUCACUACUCCGCGAAGCCCCGAUGAUUCGUUGUCACAGUAUCCACUCCAGCGUGAACCUUCACUCAUUCAGACCCGUUCACCAACAAGUUCGCGGCGCUCUCGUUCACCCAGUCGGCCCCCUCCAACUUAUAUCAGGCAAAUAGAUCAACUCGAUCAGCACGAGCUUUUUGAGGAAGUUGUCGCAGAGCACGAUAAAAUCGCUCCUGAAUUGCCUGCCGCAUUCUUGAGGUCGUUUGUUGUCGAUGAGGAACCCAUACUCUUGCCGCCAACUACCGUGAUGCAUCUGGGUCGACAAGAGGACAGCACUCACUUCAACAGUCAUGCCCUCAAGCUGACGCAGGCGCCAUUGGAUAUAUCCCAGACGAUGCAUAAGGAAGACUGGGAUCGUUUUGUGGUGGAUGUCUCGAGUGCUUGGAAAGGUGAUUUGACCCUUGUGAAAGCACCUGGCGAUCAGUAUUCAUAUCGUGUUGUCGAACCACCCCCACCUCCUCCUCGACCUACAGCGCCAACUCCGCCAUCGCCGGCUCCCAAAUCUCCAAAAACACGCGUUAACUGGACGCGCUCGUUACCUGCUUCACCGGAUGAGACAAUCAGUAGUCAGGGUCCGCGCAAACUUGCUGCUGUUACCGAAGAGGAUGAUCCGUCGACCCCAACCAGGUUGAACGCAUCUCCUGCUACUCAAAAAGACGACAUGAUCUCGGUUUCGAAUUCACAGUCACCCACCAACAUCUAUAUGGGUGGUGUGAGCAUGCUGUCGGAUGGACCAUCCCGGACUCGGACUCUGUCUUCAGAGCGUCCCCAAGCACAAGUCGUUCAAGAGUUUAUAAAUCUGUGGAACGAACGAUAUUUCUUCCCACGAAAUCUCAGUGUGCGACUUGCACCAGCAGAUCGGUGGGCGGAGAAUGCGGAAUUCGACGUAAUUAUGAGCCAUACUUGGCGACACGUUCAAGAGGAAGAUAUGGCAUCACGUGAUCCUCGACCAAAUAUGAAGUCAUCAUCUCCGGUGUCUGGUAGUGAAGUGGGUGGUGGGGGCUCCAAGUUGUUCAGGACGGCAGACGAGAAUGACGAAACGCUGAAGCAAAGGUCAAUUCCUUGA